GGGGACACGGCGGGAGCUGCGGCGGGCGCGGGGCUAACAAAAACAAAAAAUAAAGACAGGAAGGAAUGGAGAAAGCUCGUUGCUGGCGGUAACGGUGGGGGCAGAUCUGCCGGCUUCGGAGCUCGUGCAUUUCCCGGUCUCGGUACAGCCACCUAGAGAAGAUGACAGAUUUGGUGGCUGUUUGGGAAGUAGCUUUAAGUGAUGGUGUUCAUAAGAUUGAAUUUGAACAUGGGACCACUUCAGGAAAGCGUGUUGUCUAUGUUGAUGGAAAGGAAGAAAUAAGAAGAGAAUGGAUGUUUAAAUUAGUGGGUAAAGAAACAUUCACUGUUGGAGCUACUAAAACUAAAGCUGCUAUUAACAUUGAUGCAGUCAGUGGCUUUGCAUAUGAAUAUACCUUGGAGAUCAAUGGAAAGAGUCUCAAGCAGUAUAUAGAGAACAGGUUAAAAACAACCAAUACUUGGAUAUUGAACUUGGCAGGUACAGACUAUAGAAUUGUCCUAGAAAAGGACACUAUGGAUGUGUGGUGCAACGGUCAAAAAAUGGAAACAGCGGGUGAAUUUGUGGAAGAUGGGACUGAAACUCACUUCACUGUUGCUGACCACAGCUGUUGCAUUAAGGCUGUCAGUAGUGGGAAACGAAAGGAAGGAAUUAUUCAUACCCUUAUUGUGGACAACAGAGAAAUCCCAGAGGCUGUGGAAUAGCCUCUGCUUAACUGAUUAGGGUAGGACUAAGAUCAGGAAUUUUCAAUUACUGUGGUAAUUAUUUUAAUAUGUACUACUUGGUACAUCUAGUUUGUGCUGGGUUUAUUUUCUAGUUUCUGUACACAAAAUUAUUCUUUUUGAGACCAGAUGAAAAUAAUUACGUACAACCUCUUAUAUUACCUGUUUUUUAAAAAAAGCUAUAUAUAUAUAUAUAUAUAAAUAUAUAGAAUAUAUAGCAUAUCACUACGUGUGGAGAACACUGGUGAAACAGAAAUUCUAUGUCAGGAAAAAUCAUGCUAUAAUAAAAUGAAAGAUAAAUAUUCAGUAACACUGAAUCCUUAACUGCAGGUGGAUGUGGAGUGAAGAGAAAGCCUGUACUGGACACGGGAGUAAGAUGUUAAAAGCUUUCUCUAGAGUUAUUUUUUCUAUUAAACUGACUAUGGACCUUUUCACAUACAGUUAAGGGAAAUUACAUAGUUAAUAAAAAGGUUAAUAAUUAAAUACAUAGUUAUCAAUACUUGUGUUACAGUAUUAAAUUAAUACUGAGUUAUGAAAACUGUUCUCUAUUCCCACUAGGAGCAAGAUGUUACAUUGUGCCAAAAAUAACAUUCCUUUCGGUGGUCUGGAAAGUGAUGCUGUAGUUCAGAAACUCAUUACUGAGUUUUUUCAAAAAAGAAAAUAGAAGAAAAAAAUAAUUCCUGCCAUGAAACCCCUUAAAAAAUAUCUCUUGGAGCAUGCUGACAUAAGAACUUACCUUUGUUCAGUGCUAACCAAUCUUAAAUGUACAACUGUGUGUUUUUAUGGCAGUAAUGUGUGAAUCAAGAAAUAUGAGGACCAAGGGGACAGAAAUGGAAAACAGUUGAUUACUUUAAUGGAAUAGUUAAAAUGGAAAUAGACUAAUUCUGUUUUCAGAAUUGCAGCAUAAUUUCUAAGAGCAACCUUUGGACUUGAGAGCAAAACUCUUGUGUUAAUGACUCAAACUACAAAACUACCUUUGAAACAGCAAGCAUAGCUAAUCUCAAAAAUAAUUUUUAAAAAACCCCAAAUAUGAAUAUAUUAAUCUAAAAGUUUGUUUUGCAAUGGUUGAAAAAUAUUUCCACUUGUAACCUCAGAAUUCAGAAUUAAACUUUUAUAACUUAA